AUGGAGAAUUCAAACAUCGUGUCAUACGAGACCCUAGAUAGCUUGGCGAAAUGGUUGGGCAUGAACGUGGCCUCUGCAAUCUUCGCUUCACUCGAACGUUUCUCGUGCGUCAACAUUACUACAAUGAAGUCUUCAGGUAAGUUGGCACUAAAGGAACUGAAGCAUUGGAUGGUGCCACAAAAAGUUAAAACCCCAAUUACUACUUUUCCAUCAUCAGCAGAAAUAGUUUCAGAACCCUUGGGUGUGGUAUUGGUCAUAUCAGCAUGGAACUAUCCUUUCGGUACAUCCAAAACUUGGUUUCAACUGUAUAAUAAUGUUAUAGUUGAUGUGUUAUCUCUUGAUCCAGUUAUUAGAGCUAUUGCAGCUGGUAAUGCUGUGGUUUUGAAGCCAUCAGAAGUUGCCCCAGCCACAUCCUCACCGCUUUUGAAAUUUUUAGGGGAAUAUAUGGACAGCUCUGCAGUAAAAGUUGUUGAGGGUGCUAUACCUGAAACAUCUGCGCUAUUGGGGCAAAAGUGGGAUAAAAUAUUUUACACAGCGGCUGCUGCUGAAAAGCACCUUACACCUGUAGUUUUGGAGCUUGGAGGAAAAUCUCUUGUUGAUGUCGAUUCAGAUGUCAAUCUAAAGGUCGCAACAAGGCGAAUUAUUGUAGGCAAGUGGGGAUGCAACAACGGACAAGCCUGCAUUGCUCCUGUAUACAUCAUAACAACCAAAGAUUAUGCUCCAAAAUUGGAGAAAUUCUACAGGAUGGAUCUGCUGAAAUCAGAAGAUUUGGCUCGCAUUGUGAAUUCCAACCACUUUGCUCACUUCAAAAAGCUAUUGGAUAAUGAUAAGGUUGACAAAGUGGAAGCUAGUUUUGGGAUGAUUAACUCCAUAGAGAAGCCACUUGCAGCAUACUUAUUUUCCAACGACAAGAAGCUCAAGGAGGAGUUUGUAAAAAAAGUCUCUGCUGGGGGUUUGGCUGUCGAUGAUAAUUCUCUACAUGUAAGCAUUCUUCCUUGCGCCCACAAGAAGGCCGUUUUGGACCCUAGUUUUGCUUGUGAUGCACCGGCAAGAUACCCUCCAUACACACCUGCCAAGCUAAGAUUUCUUAAGGUUCUUUUGAACGGCGACAUACUUGACAUUAUUAGAGCUUUGUUUGGGUGGUAA